AUGUACGCACACUCCUCAUUACACUCGUCUAGGAAACAUACUAACGACCACCAACAGAUAAGAGACGACCUCGGCCGACUCCAAUACAUCCCCUUCCCAACAUGCAACGAAACCUCACUCCCUCUCGCGCUACAAUAUGGCGUCACCGAAACCAUUUCCUGCACAAUUGACUCUCUCCCCGACGAAUUGUAUCAUUUGCUAGAGUACUACGUCCACUCUGAUGCGCCGCUGACAUGUCGUGUGCCCACGAUCCCCUUGGACGGCACCACCGAUUUUGCAAGUGAAUACAAUGUCGUGGAUGUGAGCGGUGACGGCGCUGGAAGUUUGAACGGUGGAAGCGGCAAUGAUAAUGGCCCGCCAUAUACGCCCCUCACAAUCGCCCUACAAGGGACGUUGCAACUGAGCCACCUACACAUCUGGACAGACAUGAACGUCAUAAUGCACCGUCUAAGCUCCAUCGAGUCUCCCCGCAAGGAAGAAGCGCUAUCAUCUGUAACAGCGGCAAAGAAACAUAAGCAAAAGAAGCCACCACGAUCCGCGAAAUCGCCCGGUUACGUCGUUGCCGGCGCAGCUUACUCAUUGCCGGAGUUGCAUGCCCCGAAAACAGCAGACACAGAGCUGUCGGAUGAGGAAGAAGAUGCAGCCAUAAUCGAGAAUGCGCGGAAUCCCUGGACGGCAGGCCAUGGGUCAAAGGUUGUGCGUGGAGAACCCCUGACGUUCAAGUUUCGAGUGAGUUGGGUUUCCGGGGCGGAUAGUCUUGGUUGGUUAGAUCAUGAGUAUGAUUUACCGCAUAUCCAUGGCCGAGAGGGCGGUACUACUUUCUUGGGUUUGUUGACGAAGUUGGUGUUCUUUUUUAUGGCGGCGGGGRUAGGGGCGUUGUUUGCGUCGUACUAUCAGAGGGUUGUGAGGCGUGGUCACGGUGGAGGUGGGCCGGGGGCUUGGAGGGGAGAAGGGAUAUUGGGACGUCCGAUGACGACAACAAAAACGAGACGUGGAAGUAAUAGUGGUGUUACGUAUGGGAAUAGUGGCAGGKCGAAUGGGKAUGGUGGCUAUUCGCCUACGUCCUCGGUGACGGGCUCGCCUGCAAAUGGGGGUGGGUAUGGCUAUGGGGGAUAUGGGAAGAAGGAUUAA